AUGUCUACGUUUGGCCAAUUGUUUCGGGUAACCACAUAUGGUGAGUCUCAUUGUAAAUCGGUUGGAUGCAUCGUCGAAGGUGUUCCUCCGGGCAUGUCAUUGACAGAGGAGGACAUCCAACCACAGUUGACAAGAAGAAGACCUGGUCAGUCGAAGUUAUCUACUCCUCGUAAUGAAAAGGACAAGGUAGAAAUCCAAUCAGGUACUGAGUUCGGCAAGACUCUAGGUACUCCUAUCGGUAUGAUUGUUAAGAAUGAGGAUCAACGUCCUCAUGAUUACGGUGAGAUGGAUGAGUUUCCAAGGCCUUCGCAUGCAGACUUUACAUAUAGUGAAAAGUAUGGAAUUAAAGCAUCCUCUGGUGGUGGUCGUUCUUCAGCAAGGGAAACGAUCGGAAGAGUUGCAGCUGGAGCGAUUGCCGAGAAAGUUCUACAGCAAAUUUCAAAAGUUGAAAUAGUUGCAUUCGUCUCUCAAAUUGGUGCUAUUAAGAUGAAUAGGGACCCUUUCAACCCAAAGUUUCAAAACUUGUUGAAUACUAUAACCAGAGACCAAGUUGACUCUAUGGGACCUAUAAGGUGUCCUGAUGUAACGGUUGCAGAAGACAUGGUUAAAGAAAUUGAAAAAUACAGAGGCCAAAAAGACUCUAUUGGUGGUGUUGUCACCUGUGUAGUUAGAAAUCUACCUACUGGUCUUGGUGAACCAUGCUUCGAUAAAUUGGAAGCCAUGUUGGCACAUGCUAUGCUUUCCGUUCCAGCUUCUAAGGGUUUUGAAAUAGGUUCGGGGUUCGCAGGUGUAGAACUUCCUGGGUCUCAACUCAAUGAUCCAUUUGUGUUUGACCCUGAGGUUAACAGAUUGAGAACAAAGACCAAUAAUUCAGGUGGAAUCCAAGGCGGUAUCUCCAACGGCGAGAACAUUUACUUCUCUGUUCCAUUCAAGUCUGCCGCUACAAUUUCCCAAGAACAAGCUACCGCACGUUACAACGGUACUGAAGGUGUAUUGGCUGCUAAGGGCAGACACGAUCCAUCAGUCACCCCAAGAGCAAUUCCUAUAGUCGAAGCUAUGACUGCUUUGGUAUUAGUAGACGCACUAUUGAUACAAAAGUCUCGAGAAUCACUAAAAGGGAUAGUCCAUUAA